AUGACGGCUGUCCUUCAAGCUACAGAUGUGCUCAGGAAGGACAGAACUAUGGCGUCCCUAGAUGACACUACAAUCACUUACUCCAACUCUUCUAUGGACUGGAAGGCGAAAUACAUGGAGGUCGCCGAUAUGCUGGCAGAAACACGGCAUGAACGCGAUGACUGGAAGGCGAAAUACAUGGAGGUUGCCGAUAUGCUGGCAGAAACACGGCAGGAACUCGAUGACUUUCAGCUUUCCAGCAAGGAGUUAGAAGAAGAGUUGGAGCGAGAGCUCGAGCGGACAGAGAAAGUGAAGCAGGACCUCAGAAUAAAGGCGGCCAGAAGCGAACAGGAUAGGGAUGAAUGGAAGUCGAAGUUUACGGCACUGCAAACGACCUACAAUACGACCACAACCUCGUUGCAGCGGGAACUCGACACGUUACGACAGGAUUACCAGAAGAUCAAGGUUCAACUACGGGAUCUGGAGAUGGGCAAUGAUGAUCUCGAGAGGAAUGAACGUGCUAUCUCAUCAAGUUUGGCAGACAUUGAGGGAAAGUAUUCUCGAGCGUUGGAAGAGAAGAUCCUCCUUGAACACGAACUUUUGGAUAAGGCUCACGUUGAAGAGGAGUAUCAGCGUUUGAAAGACGAAUUAAGAGAUGCCAACGAGGAAGUAAACAUCUUAAAGGAACAACUCGCUGCUGCUUCUACCCCUUCUAAUGCCAUGUCCUCGGAACAGUCUGCGUCGUCUAGCAUAUUCUCUUCCGUCGCCGCUCGCUCCGACGAUAACCUUCUCAGCAUUCCCGUCCCUCCUGAUCUUCAGUUAUCUGACUUCAAACUUGAUCUUGAUACUCCUGUGGACGACCUUCCGCUUGUUACUCCUACGCGCACCACCGGAUCAUUCAUCACCCCCAUUUCAGGGAAGAUGUCGAUGCAGAAUGGCGGAUUCCAUCACCGUGGCGCGUGGACCACUCCACCUGGUGCAGCCUCGUCAUCUCUCAUGCGCUCAAGCACUGUUCCCGGUAUCUCUACUCCCUCACGCUUACCUCCACGUACUCCAGCGCGUCCCGCCCCAAGUCGCGCUCCAUCCGUAGCUGCUUCAGCGAACACUGCGGGCGGCGUUCCGCUGACGGCCACCAAGAGCAGAGGUGUACAGAUGGUCUCGGAGAUGAGGGCUCGUGUGAAAGUGUUGGAGCAGAAGAUACACACACGCGUUCCCCGAUUACGCAUGGGCAGCAACGCCAAGCGACCAAAUGCGAAUAUGAUGCCACCUCCGCCACCACCAAAGCCACGACGACCAUCCACAGCGUCUUCCUCACCUGCACCUUCUACAUCCUCAAGAUCAACCUCUCACGAAGAGCGAAACAUGAAUUUGAAAUCGCGACGGAGCGUUGAUGCCGAAGCAGACCGUAGGAGGGCUCCCGUCGGCGACACGUCUGGAUGGGUACUCAUCAUGGAGGACUCGCCCUCGCCUGCGAAGGACAGAGAGAAGGAAAUAAGGAGAAUAUCCAGUCCUUCAGCGCCGUCGUCGUUCCGAGCGGUGGGAUCUCACACCAAUGAUUCGCCGUCAUCCGUUCCCAGAGCGCCGAGUGCGCUGUCUCAGAGUUCCGCGCAAACAGGUAUACGUCGGCCACAAUCACGUCUUUCUGUCUCGACGGAGGGUCGGAGCAGUGUUAGCACCAUUGCGACCGCCAGCACUGGGAGCUCGAUCCAGACACCCACUUCACGUCCUGCGACUCCAACAUUUCUUCCAGUCCCUUCGUCCGGGAUGUAUGUAGGCGCUGGGACUGCUCUUAAACUCUCUACGGGCCCCGGUUCUGGAGCAUAUUCGCAGCUACAACUCAAGCGGUCAUCACUCGGAGCCAGUACAACAAGAUCACCAGUGGUGCCAAGUCCGCCUCAUGUUCCACAUGCCAAUAUCACCAUUCGCCCGCCUCCAAGGAAUACAAUACCUAGCGCUCUCUCUCAGAGCAGGAUAGGGAGACCGGUUGGGAGUGGCGCGGCUAGUACGCGUAAGAGCACAGGAGAAAAUGCUGGUUUCCCGGAAAUGAGCGGGAGGAAUGGAGACAAGGCACGGCUAAGGUCUGGCAGUGCGACAGCGUUAUACGGAAGGAAUACUUAG